AUGGGCAUCCCCAAGUACCACAAGUGGCUCACGCAGCGAUAUCCCGAUGCAUUUGCCGAGGCAAGCGAAGAGAGUGCCGAUCACGUGUACGUGGACAUCAACACGUUGCUGCACGAUUGCAUGCGUCAUGCUUCAAGCGAGGAGGGCUUCUAUCAGCAUCUCUUCCGCAAGCUCGACGCCCUUUUCCGAAUUGUAGUGCCCUGGAAGAGUGUCUUCCUGGCAGUAGACGGACCCGCGUCCUGCGCGAAGUGUCUGACCCAGCGUCAACGGCGCAGGGCUCAUGCUCAAAAAGACGCCAGGAGCUCGAAAGGGACAGGCAGAGGCAAAGGUGGCAGAGGGAAGCGAGGAAAGUGGGAUGGCGGCCGUGGCAUGUCAUCGGAGCAGCUGUCGAACAACAUGCUAACGCCAGGUGUGCCGUUCAUGACGAAAUUGACCAGCGCCCUUGAGUAUUAUGCAGCGAGCCGGAUGGCCGGUAAUGGGUGCUUUGCCAGCUGUGAGGCAGUCACUGUUAGUGGAGCGCAGGCUAUCGGGGAGGGUGAGCACAAGAUUGUUUCCCAGAUGCUGCGCAACGCGGGCACGGCCUCCCAGGAGUCUCACGUCAUCUCGAGCGGUGAUGCGGAUAUCUUCUUGCUCUCGCUGGUGCAAAGUGCAUGCCGGCAAGUGCGGGUUGUUUCGGACCGGCAGGAUUCGAGUGCCCAAGGCAAGGAAGGCCAUUGGGGCGGGAAGAGGCGCCGGGGCACGCUGCAGAUCUGGAAUGCCGAGGUGCUUGCCAGGUACAUACACAAAGAGCUCUCACGCCCAGGCGCGCCUCGCACUUCACCAGAUGAGGCAGCCUUGCGCCGGGACUUUGCUCUGGUGUCCCUGCUUGCCGGGAACGAUUACUUGCCGGAACUGAAGUGCAGCCUAAAUCCCCAGCAGCUUUGGGAGCAGUAUUUAGCUUUGAGGCGGAAGAAGUUCCCUUCAACAUCGCUUCUGCAAAGCUCGCUCUCGGAGGAGGGUCUGCCGCUCUCGCAUCAGGAGGGCGGUUGGGCGCUUUCAGUAGGGGAAACUGGGGCCGCUUUUGCCGUUGAGCCUUAUGAGCAUUUCUCAUUCAACUUGUCGUUCUUGUCCAAGUUUAUGACAGUUGCAGCAGGGGGAUCGGCAGCGCCAUCAACACUUGAUGGUAGAGCGUCGGAGGGUGUGCGAAGAUAUUUGGAGGGAUUGCUGUGGAUUCUGGAGAUGUACCACCAUGGCUAUUGCGGGGACUUCUACUUCGUGCUAGAGAAGAGCUUGCACAGCUUUGCGAGCGCUCGGCUGAUCACGCAGUUUCUCCCGUCCCUGAAGCCCAAAGAGGCGCCCUUGGCUCCGCCAAGGUCGGAGUUCCAGCCCAUGCGGCCGAUCUCCUGUGCCAUCUGCAUCCUUCCGGUUCAGAACGCGGAGCAGUACCUGUGCCCUGCUGCGCCGAUGCUGGAGCCCAUGUUCGGGGUGGAGCACCCCCUUUUGGGCUCUGUGAAUUCCAUCGAGCGAUGCGAGGCCUUGAAGGAUUGCAAGCAGAAGACUGCUUCGCUCCAGCAGGAGAUGAUGAGCCUCCGGGCACAGGGCUUGGACGACCGGAGUGUAAAGGCAAAGUUGACUGCCGCCCAGCAAGAGAUGGAGAAGAUAAAGCAGGGAGGAAGUGACAUCGACGUGGUCCCUCUCUGGGAGGUAGAUGCUGAGGUCGCGGAGCGCUGUGCUAGCGAGCUCCUGCCGGAGCUGGAGUUCCGCCCCGACGUGACGUUGCUGCGCGAUGCCGCCGGCGAGCCCUUCACUCUGGAGGCACCUGUGCGCGGCAUGAGGCCUGCGCAUUGCGAGGGGCUUGUCUACGUCACCGGUGAAUGGCCCCAAGUCGCGACAGAGACAGAUGAACCGCCCGGGCCAGAAGAAAUUCUCAUCGACGUUGAUGAAGCUGAAGAGGCCGAAGAGGCCGAAGAGGCUGAAGGGGCUGAAGAGGCCGAGUGUGAUGUGGGCGAAGAGUUGUUGGAGGAAUCCGUGGCCGAGGGGGAGUUCGAGGCCACAGAGGAAGCCUUCAGCUUCCAAGUCGGAGACACAGUGAAGGCAUACUGGCCUGAAGAUGAGGAGUACUUGCCGGCCAUGAUCAUCGGGGCGCAUGAGGACGGGUCCUUCCAGAUUGCCUGGGAUGCAGACGGAUCUGAGAGCCACGUUCAAGCUGACUACCUCCGCAGAGACGUCGCAGAGUCCCUCGAGCCUGAAGAGCCAAAGGCCAAGCGGGCACGCUACUCAGCUCCUUGA